AUGUUGAGUUUGACCCAUUAACACACUCUUUCUCCCCUCAAACCUGCUCUCCUCUUUGGACUAUUGCGUUUUUUGUUUUCCUUAGCAGCCACCAAAUGUCACAACAUCUUCGGACUCUUCAGCCUCCACCAUUCUCCUCGGUAGCUCCAACAACCAAGUUAGAUUCAUUCUCUCUCUCCCGCUUCAGCUUCGGGCUCCAUACCUCCGUCUCUCCGUUAAUUUCCAUUUCCUUUGGCUGUGCGCGCCAAACCCCUGCUGUUCCGUUGAGUCAGCAAGGGUCAUUGCAACCGGAAGAGCCUGUUUUCCUUUACCUUCAACCCAUCUCCAGCGAGACCCACUUCGAUCAUGUCCUCCUCGAGGCUCAGCAAUUCGACGACGCCAUCGUUGUCGUUUGGAUGGCAAAUUGGUGCAGAAAAUGUAUAUAUUUAAAACCAAAAUUGGAAAAGUUAGCAGCAGACUAUUAUCCAAGAUUGCGUUUCUACAGUGUUGAUGUUAAUACAGUUUCACACAAACUUGUUGCUCGUGCUGGAGUAACUAAAAUGCCAACCAUACAACUGUGGAAAGACAGCAAGAAACAAACUGAAGUCAUUGGUGGCCAUAAAGCAUAUUUGGUAAUAAAUGAGGUUCAGGAGAUGAUUGAGAAUGAGUGCACAAGUUCUUAGGCCAGCAGACUAAUUUUUCACUAUUUUCAAUAUAUUUUAUCAAUUGGUUUUACGUGACUACAUUUAUUUUUUCUCCUUAAAUGUAACAAAAAAGAACAGACAUUUUGUUGCUCUUCUUUUUUAUUAUUUUACAAUAGCAUUGCUUUUAGAGUAUCUUAUAUACAAAAAAACAUAAAUGGUGUUCAAAUCCUUUUAGUUGGGGGAUAUCACAUAAUUUGAUGUUUUUCUUAUUAAAUUAAGAUGUCAAAUGUUUAUAAUUACCUCUUUCAAAGCAUAUCUCUACUUAUUUUUCUCUGUUUCUUUUAUAUGUUAACAUUGGAGGUUUACGAGAGGGGGAUAGGUGUCCUAUAUGGAAGAUCAUCUUUGGUGUUUUUGCACUGCAAUCCUAAAAACUGGGUUUAGAUUUGGUUAAGCUUCAAGAUUGCUUGUUCUAAAAUCAAUUGUCUAAUUAUGACCGUUUUGAAGAAGCCACUAUUUUACAUUUCCUUUAGAAUAUUAGCUUAGUAUUCGUGGCAAAAAACACUAUUUGUUCCUUGUACAAUAUCAUGAAUAAAGGGAUAACGUAAUGCCUGAGAGACUCACCUAGUGGAGUCUAGGAGGGUAGAUGUGUGCUGCCUUACCCCUGCAAGUAGAGAGGUUGUUUCUAGGUUUUUAACUACAUCAGCAUAAAGGAACAAAAUGGCAUGGAAUGGAUUUGUUGGUGCGCUGUAUCACCUUCAACAAAAGCACAAAGGUUUCUAGUGGCACUUCUUUCAGUUUAGGCCAAAGGAGAAGUUGGGGUAGGACAUUGGCACCAAAUAUGGAAACUAAAGAUGUUUUUCCCACGCUUGUAUAGCUGCAUGACAUCCAAGAGAAAGCAGAGACAGAUUGAAAUCCGACUAAAUAAUCUCCAAAGCCACAACCAAGUCUAGGAAGGGCUCGAGGCAUCCGGCACUACUGAUCCAACCUUAACUUCAAACCCAACAAAGAACUCGUCAAACCACUUCUGAACAUUUGAGUUGUGUGUGGGGGAGUUGCAACAAAACCACCAUGGAUUGAGCCAAACUAUAAUUUUCCUUCCAUUGGGUUACAAAUCCUAGACCAACUCAUCCUGCCAAAUAACAUCUUACCUAUGUCAGCAUCAUGUAUGAUCUCACCUGCUCAAUUCCUUCACCACUAACCCGUACUAGUGGCUUUUCUUUUGUAUUUAUCUCUCUCUAUAUGACUUUGUCAAAUACCUAUCCUUAAAGAACAAAAGCUUUUUACUAGCAUGACACGGCUUAGAGAUAGUAUAAUUCAGCUUCUUUAUCUCUCUUCAGUUCGUUUGAUGUCGUAGUUACAUAUUCUAAUUAGGUUGACUUUAAUUAUGGGGCAUAAUUGCAAGUUUUGACUUUAU